CCACGCCUCCCCGCCGAUGACGCGGCGGGCGGGGCUUGGUCCUGAGCGGUCCCGGCUGGCAACCGUUCGAGCGGCACCGGGCUUGCACGGAGAUCGAAUCGCAGCAUCUCGGCUGGAGGAGUAGCCGCGGUUGUGGUCCGCUAUCUCCCGGAACCAGCGGGGACGUGUUCGAUUCGGACCCGCGAUAAGGGAGCGCGUUGAAGCCGAGGACCGAACCGCACUCGAGCCGAGACGAUGUCCCGAUCCGGUGGAGCUGCUGCGGGGAAAAGUUUACCACGAGUCGGCCUGCGGUCGCCCCGUCCACGCUAACGAGAUGGCAGAGCGGAGCGGCUGCGAUGUCCUCGGCGUUCCGGUGCCCAUGCGCCGCGGCGGCUCCGAGUCCAACCUGGACGUGGUGGACAGCGUGGGACGCGACGGCGUGGGCCUGGACUUCAACAAGGGGGCGCUGGGCAUCGACGGCCUGCAGCAGAAGAUCCUCAAGGUGACGGAACAGAUCAAGGUGGAGCAGACGGCGCGGGACCAGAACGUGGCGGAGUACCUGAAGCUGGUCAACAACGCCGACAAGCUGCAGGUGCUGCGCAUCCGUCAGGUGUUUGAGAAGAAGAACCAGAAGUCGGCCCACACGAUCGCCAGGCUGCAGAGGAAGCUGGAGCAGUACCACCGCCGCGCCAGGGACAGCGAGGCCAACGGCAGGCACGGCCAGAAGGACGGCGCCCGGGACUCGGGCGGCCACAGCAAGGAGGGCAGCCUGCGCGACGUCAGCGCCUCGGGGCGCCACCCCACGCUGGAGAAAGUCAAGACCAUCGGGCCCGGCGUGUCGCUCUCGCCGCCGUUCUUCUUCAACAAGUCGCGCAACUUCGCCAAUCUCAUUCGCAACAAGUACGGCAGCGCCGACAACAUCGCGCACCUCAAGAGCAUGGACGCGGGCUCGGGGCUCCACCCCGAGGGCGGCGGCCGCAGCCUGAGCGGCAGCGCCGGCGCCGUGGCCAAGGCCGGGAAGUACCACAGCGACGACGAGUGCUCUACCGGGACCUCGGCCUCCGCCGACUCCAACGGCAACCCGGCCGGCGGCGCCGGGCAGCUGGCCGAGGUCCUGGACGUGGUCCGCGACAUCCGGGAGUCUCAGACCCAGCUGAGGGACGACAUAGAAGCGCUCAGCACGCAGUUUCAACGGGACUACGGAUACUUCACGCAGGUCCUGCAAGAGGAGCGGUACAGGUACGAGCGCCUGGAGGACCAGCUGAACGACCUGACGGAGCUCAACCAGCACGAGACCAGCAACCUGAAGCAGGAGCUGGCCAGCAUCGAGGAGAAGGUGGCCUACCAGGCCUACGAGAGGGCGCGCGACAUCCAGGAGGUGCUGGAGUCGUGCCAGACGCGCGUGUCCAAGCUGGAGCUCCAGCAGCAGCAGCAGCAGCAGACGGUGCAGCUGGAGAACUCGGACGCCAAAGUGCUGCUGGGCAAGUCCAUCAACAUCAUGCUGGCCUUCGCCACCGUCAUCCUGGUCUGCGUGUCCACGGCGGCCAAGUUCGCCGCCCCGCUCCUGCGCAGCCGCCUGCGCGUGGCGCUCACCGGCGUGGGCGUGUCGGUCCUGGCGGUCAUCUGGAAGAACUGGGACCAUUUGCAGCGCGCCCUGGAACGGCUGCUGCUGCCGCGCUGAGGAAGAAGCCCGAGACUGAACUGGUCACAGCGAUGCCUUCAGGGUACGUGGGAAAAGAUCAACUUCACGGACCACCUGACAUCUUUUCCUUGCGGGAGAAUGGAAAGGCGAUUUUCUGCGUCGAGGUCAGUGUUUCACCAAGGCACGGGAAAUAAAAAAAAAAAAAAAAAAGAAAAGAAAAAUGAAAAAAUACAAAUUUCACAUAGCACUCGAAAAAAUAUCCCAAAAAUGAUACAACAGUGCGGCCUUGAGAGAAGAGUUUUGAACAUUCCGUAAUUCAGCACACCUAAUGUCGGUUUUUUUUCGCCCACUGAAAUGCCGAUAAACCGUUUCAGCGUCCCAAAAAGAAAAUUCUUUGGCUCAUGUGCUUUUUAUGGGGAAAAAUAUAAUUUUAUGAAAUUGUAUUUUAGAAAAAAAAUACUGUAAUGAGCCAAUUCAAUCAAAUGUUAAGAAUGGAAAAAAAUUUUUUUUUUUUUUUUGCCCCAAUUCAGUGGCUUUUGUGCUGCUCCUUGUGUGCACACUUUGGCCAUCAGGGGUCAGUAUAAUGCAGAUGUACCGCUGGACAUGGUCGGAGGUCAGUAACGUGCAGUAAUAUUUUUCAUUCUUCGCUUAGGAUAAAGAAUACAUUUUUGUGUGUGUUGUUGUAUGUCUACGUGUUUUGCGUCCCAGCUUAUGCUCAAGUAUUUUUUUUUAAGGGUGAUAACGCUUUGACACAAUUCUAUUUGUUAGCCUGUGUAGUUUUUUUUCAAUUAUUGUUUCUUGAAGCUAAAUCCAUAAUAAUAAUACAAAUAAUAACACAUAAAUAUCUAAAAAUAAAUAAAUAAAAAUAAUAAUAAUAAUCACAUCUAAAAAAAAUAAAAUUAAAAAAAAAAGAUUUGAAUAAGCUUUUCACGCUAUUAUUGGUUGUUGUUGGUUUGUCCUCUCAAGUCAAAAACUUUAACUUUAGUUAAUUUGAGUGACUCGUAUCUCAAGGCGGCGCUCCACGCGGAAAUAAUGACAAAAGUCUCAAUUUGCUCUCAAUUAGAAGUUCAUUUUGCACCUUCUUCGAUCGCUGGACACAAGCGCCACAAAGGUUUACUCAUUUUAUCCCUUUAUUGUGUCUUUGUGUGCUUUUCUCGCGUGUUUUUGUGGCCAUUUUGGACAACGAGCUUUCUGUGAGGAGGAGCAUUAUUUUCAUGGCGUCUGGUCACUGCCACGGAUUUGAUGCGAUGGACUGACGUGUUUGACAAACCGUGAAAAUGGCGGUGCGGCCUCCACAAUUCACGAAACCGUCGUCAAUCUUUUUCUCAUUUCCCGACCGUCGAGUCUUUUGUGAAAUGUUUCAUGUUCAGAAAAUCGUGCUGGUCGACGGCCUUGAGUGACAUUUUGUGCUGCAUUCAAGCGCAGCGGCGACAGUUCAAAGCGAUCCCAAGUGGCGCCUAUUUUUAAGAAAAAAAUAAUAAUAACUGCCACCAUUUUUUUUUUUGCACUCUUGACUUGAAGACUCGCCAAUCCCCCCCCCCCCAAACAAGAUGCUGAGAGGAUGAAGUUUGUUUGCGAAAUGGCGUUGCCUCAGCCCCCCCAUGUGGCCUUCACCUCUUCAGACUGGAGCGCAAACGUCCCGCGAGACCCGAAUGCGGCACGGUUGCGUGGACGUGGCCAUCAAACCUGAUGCCGCUGUGAAGACGACGGGCCUGGCACCCCUUUUUUUUUUUUUUUUUUGUCCAAGUGUAU